AUGGCGGAUAUUGCUUUUACGCAAAAUGGAUUAAAGGGUUGGAACAAGGCUUUGGAGAGAUUCGGAUCUCAUAUUGGAGAGGUUAAUAGCAUCCACAACAAGUGUUUCAACAUGAUGGUUGACCUGAUGAAUCAAUCACAAUCUAUUCGUACAUUUUUUGACAAGCAUUCCGAGAAAGAAAAAAAUGAAUCUCGGCGUCGCUUGAGUGCUUCAAUCGAUGUUGCAAGGUUUCUUUUAAGAUUGGAAAUGUCAUUUCAUGGUCAUGAUGAGAGUGUAUCAUCUACAAAUAGAGAUUUGCUCAAACAACAUCAAGCUGCAAAGUUAGAGGAGUUGAUCAUUUCUGGUAAAGUGCACACAGGAUGGGGACUAAAUCAGGAACGUGGACUUCAACGGCCAUGUGACACUCGUUGGGGUUCUCACUAUAAGACAUUAGAGAACUUCAUUGACAUAUUUUCAUCAAUUCUUUAUGUGCUUGAAUUUGUUGCACGUGAGUGCCCAAAUUAUCUUGACAGACUUACAGAUGAAACUUUUAAGAAUACAAUUAAGGGGUUUGAUUUUGCUUUUAUGCUAUACUUGAUGUUGAAAGUUCUAAUGAUAACAAAUCAUUUUAACUCCUCAUUACAAAAGAUAGAUCAAGAUAUUGUCAAUGCUUUGAAACUGCUCAAUACUGCAAAGGAAGAGUUCCAAAGGAUGAAAAAUAGUGGAUGGAGCUCAUUACUAGAUGAUGUCUAUUUUUUUUGUGAUAAAUAUGCGAUAGAGAUCCCAAAAAUGGAUGCUCACUACAUUCCUGGUAAGUCAAAACGUAGAGCUCUUGAUGAGCUUAAUAAUCGUUUCGACGUUGUGAGUACUGACUUACUUCUUGGUAUGGCUUGUUUACAUCCCGCUAAGUCAUUUGGUAAUUUUGAUAAGAAAAAAAUAAUAAGAUUCCCUGAAUAUUAUCCGAAUGAGUUUGAUAGUAACAAACUUCGAGAUCUCAGUUGUCAGCUUGAUAAUUUCAUAGCACAUGUUCGAGUUUCUGAUAAAAGAUUUUUCCAUAUGAAGGGAAUUACUGAUCUUGCUAAAGCAUUGGUUGAAUCAGAAUUGUAUUAG